AUGAUAAUCUGUCUACUGAUCUAUACUCUUUAUCUUUCCAUUCUCGGAUAUGCUUGGGAAUUUGAGCACACAAGGAGGGAGCCGGCGCUACGAACAUCGACACUUGAUGUUGGUGAGUAUUGUGCCGUAUAUCACGAGAACUAUGUCUACUAUUGUCGUGGGAUUUAUACAGCAGAGAAGCUACAUAAGCAUCGGAAUAUAAUGGAGAAGAUCGGAAAGUUUUGUCCGAGUUAUAAGGCAGCAUGUGUCACAAGAACCAGAGGAGACCCAGAAGAAGACAGGGAAGCCAAGGAGGAACAUCAGAAAGAAUUGACUGAUGAUGUUGGAGAUAUGCUAUUUGACGAUCUUAUGAGGAAGGUAGGAUAUUUAAAGAGGGCGUCCGCUAAUUCAAAAAAUUUUGAGAUUUUUAUAUCAAUCGAUCCAGAAUUUUGGUUCCAUGCCGUCCAAACUGUAAUCAAUCCGUUCAUCCGCAUUGUACUCGUCGGUGUAAGUGCGAAUACGAAUACCAUCGAAUGCAGAAAUGGUGUAAGCCGUCGCGAAUCGAAGAUAGAUUCAAGUACUUUUGCAAGUAAGAAGAUCAAUCAUUCACUUUCUCUCUCUCUCUCUCUCUCUCUCUCUCUCUUUAUCUUUUUCCUUAUCAUUCGCUGCCCCAUGACUUUGAAAGAUUGGGGUGCGUCUUUUGCGCGAAUUCGUUUUUUGUUCUUCUCUUCUCCCCAAUCUUUCAAAGUCUUCUUCUUUUUCUUAUCAUAUCAAGCUUAUCAUUGGCCUCAAAACCCUUUGAUUUUUGAAGACAAGGAGAGGAGUGUGAUAGUUUCUAACCCCCAGACGCUAGGUGUCAGCGUAUUUGAAAAUUUCAGAAUCUGGUACAUGUCUUGCUCCACCUAUAUCGACGAAAUCGAUCCAGACAUGGCAGAGCAGUUUGUAUCAGAAUACGGGAACUACUACGGGUGA